CUCUCUGUGAUACGUCAGUCGGAGACGUAUAUAUUUUCCUACAGAAGGACGUUCAGAUUAGAAUGUGUUGAUAUCAGUGCGCAAUGAUUUUCUCCGUGUCAGUUGGAUCUUAUUCAUUAGCGGAUGCAUUUUUGUUUUGUCAUUAAUCGAAUACAGGAUUCAAUUGAAAUACGGAAUUUGCCAUAAAUACUAGUGUGGAAUUGCCAAAAUGGAAGCAGUAACACAUUUAAAUGGACCCGGAAACAUAUCUAGUGCUGUUACCGAUAUAGUCUCUAAUUUUACUGUGUUAUUACGCAAUGUUACAGACAUGUUAGACUACUGCGAUUACAACUUAACAGACUCUAAAGGGAUGUCUAAUUCUACACCAUCCGCUGGUUUGACAUUCAAUAAGGCGGCGAUAACCAUUUUCCUCAUCACUUCAUACGUUAUAAUUUUCUUUGUUGGUAUCGUGGGGAAUUCUUUAGUGAUCUAUGUGGUCCUGAGAUUUGCAAAAAUGAAAACUGUAACGAAUUUAUAUAUACUAAAUUUAGCGAUAUCAGAUGCAUCGUUUCUGAUAAGUCUUCCGUUUAUCAUAACGACAACACUUUUGCAGCAUUGGAUAUUCGGAACAGCGAUGUGUAAAAUAUACAAUGUACUGUAUUCGAUCAAUUUCGUUACAAGUGUUUUAACUUUAACAGUGUUAAGCGGUGAUAGAUAUCUUGCCGUUUGCCACCCGAUACGAUCUGGAAAAUAUCGCACCCUUAAUAUAGCUUAUUUCAUAUGCUUAAUUAUCUGGUCAUUGUCAUUUCUGGUGAUGUUGCCAAUCAUUUUAUAUUCCACCACUGUUUCAAAUUACAAAGAUCCUUCUCUAAAGACAUGUACAAUUCAAUGGCCUUCAAACCAGCUACUUCCGCAAGGAAAGGCCUUCACCUGGUAUACAUUCCUUCUUGGUUUUGCCAUUCCUGUGUCAAUGAUAACUAUGUUUUACUCUUCGGUUAUUGUUAGACUUACAUGUGUUGGUCAGAUGAUAAAAUCGAAGGGAAAACGUAAAUCGCAUAGAAAAGUGACCAAGCUUGUUCUUGCAGUUAUUUUAGUGUAUGUUUGUUGCUGGUUGCCGCAUUGGGUAUUUCAGAUAAAUCUGACAUUUCUGCCUAUUUACCAACGACUAGAGGACUGGGAAAUAUAUUUGUUUAAUGUUUUUACAGUUUUAACAUUUGCAAAUAGCAUGCUCAAUCCGUUAUUGUAUGCCUUUCUAAGUGACAAUUUCAGGAGAAGUUUUGCUAAAGCUUUUAAAUGCGUAGCAGCAAUAGAACUAGAUAGAAAAACAACAGCCGGAGAAACAUGUAACAGUGUGUAUCCGAAAUCUUCACAAAAACAUGGAGAGAAAAGAAAUGAUCGACACAAACCUAAAUUUGAACUUGAUACAAUGAAAACAUCGAAUACGGGGUUUCUCCUCUCACCAGAUGAAAACGUGAACACUUCACUCCUUGACACUAGCAGUGUGUAUGUAGAUAAAGAAAGCCAAACGCAGCAAGAUGACAUUUAACAUACUAGAACUCGUUCUCUAUGGUUGGUAAAAUUUAUUCAUAGUACGGUGAUUGUCGAUAACUUUGAUGGUGUGUUUCUCGUUGCCAGUCGUUCGCAAUUUCAUUUCCCUUCAACAAUCGGUUUAGUAGUCAAUGUAAUUCCAUAUAGGUAUAGUAUCGACUCACUCGAAAGAGUUUACACAGGCAGUUACAAAGGUUAAACAUGUUUUUUUUUAAACAUGUAU